CUAGUUUAAGACUUUAAGUGAAACAAAUAGAACGUCGUGGUCUCACUCUCAAACCUAAGCAUGAGUUUGCGCCGUUUGACACUGAAACUCAAAGCCUGAUUUCCGCCAUUACUGGGAGCUCCGCACCAUCAUCAACUACAAACCCUUCUGAUUGCUUUGCCAAAACUGGGGAGAUGGUAGGAUUCAUCCGAGAAUCUUUUAAGCAGGAGGAAGAAAGUGGUGCCAACCAACAAAAGCAUAAGAUAUCGAACGUCCCAGAAAGUUUCAGGUUUGAUUUUGAGGGUUAUUCAUCUGAAUUUGGUGGGUUCUCUCUCGCUUCUGUUGAGCCGUUUCUUGAUUUUGAUUCCAUUAAGGAUUGGAUAGAAGAAAUGCAAGCCCCUGAUAGUGCAGAGUCUAAUAAAGCUGACAUUGGAAGUGGACUUUGUGUAGAAAGUUGUUCCGAGGACCAAAUUGGUAGUACUCUGGUUGACGUUGUUCAAGGUAUGAAUGACUCAGAAAAGCCAGGGUCUGUGAAGGCUGAAUGUAGUGGCUCUGAUGAGCAUAUGGAUGGUAAAGAUGGAAUCGGUGGCGACGAUGGUUUGGUGAAAUCAGAUGUAGCGAAAGAUUGUAGUAUAGAUGAUUUUAUGAAGAAUGCUGAAUUAGGUAGUUCUGAACUUGCUGAAAUCAACUCUGAUGGUUAUUGUGGUGACACAAAGACUUCACAUGGAGAUGGAGAUGAAGAUGAGUCUGGUAUCGGGGUUUUGGGGGAUAUAAAUCCCCAUAAAAUUGAAAAUUUGGAUUGCUCGAUUGAGGAAGGAUUAGAGAAGGUUACUUUGGUUGGUGAUGAUGGAGGCUUAGUUGCUACUGGCAGUGGCAUGAAGAAAAUGGAUACUCCGGUUGUCAAUGAGGAGAGUGACAGUGAGUCUAUCUCGGACUCUGAGUGCGAGACUUCUUCAUCAUCAUCUUCAGAAUCAUCAUCCAACAGUGAUAGUGAUGACGAUGAUGAUAAGGAGAAGAUGAAAAAGAAGCUAUUUGAAAUCAAGAAAGAGAAUGCUAAGCAGGCAGUUGAUCUAGAAGAAGGUCAACUAAUUGACUCUGAUGCUGAACAUAUGGUUUCCUGGUCUGAGAACAAUGAAAAGGAUGAUGAUGAGAAUUCUGAUGAAAAUAGUGAAGAAUUUCUAUUUGGAGAUGAUGCUAUUGCUGAUGAAGAUGGAGAUAUAGUGAAGGAACCUGUGAAGUCAAAGAAUGAGCUGAAGGUUCUUCCUCCAGUGCCUCCAGUAGAUGUUACUCUACAGCCAUGCCAUCAGAUAUCGCCCGUGGGAGUUGUCUUAUCUGUUUUAGGUGCUCAAGUUAUAGUUGAAGGGUCAGAGAAGCAUAAUCCUCUUAGUGAGGGCUCAAUAUUAUGGAUAGCUGAAACAAGGUCGCCAUUAGGCAUUGUUGAUGAAAUCUUUGGGCCUGUCAAAACUCCAUACUAUAUUGUGAGGUACAAUUCAGAAACCGAAGUUCCCUCUGGUAUUCAAAGUGGCACCUUGGUAGGGUUUGUUUUGGAUUUUGUAGGGCAUGUGCUGAAUGAUAAAAAUCUUUACCAGAAAGGGUAUGAUGCUUCUGGUGAGAAUGAUGAAGAGGUGUUGGACGAGUUUGAUUUCUCUGAUGAUGAGAAGGAGGCUGAAUUCAAGAGAAUGUUAAAGAUGUCGAAGAGAGGCAACAAUAAUAAUCAAGGUCAGGGACCUGGGAACAAGAAAAAGAACAGAAACAGAGAGAAAACAUGGACAAAAGAUCAAUCAUCUAUGUCUCAAUCCUCAACAGUCCAAUCAUCCCAACCUAUGCAAAUGCAGCAACAGAUGAGACCCCCUGUAUCUUCCUCAAGAGAGGGCAAUCAUGUGGCCCCAUCUACGACUGGGUCGGUUUUCUCUAGCAGACCUGCUGUACCACCCUCAAGUCAGGGCCAGCAGUUUGAGCCAUCUCCAAUGGGGCAGUUUUUUCCUAGGGGGCCUAAUCUGUUUCCGCAGCAGUUCCAGCAAGCUGCUCAGCAAGUCCAACAAGCUGGGCUUCUUUUAAAUACUUUAUUUCCAAAUGGGAUGCCAUUUCAACAGCAGAACAUGGCUUUUGGUGGUGGCUUUCAAAUGAAUGGCAUGCCUUGGAUGCAACAAAAUCAUCCUCAGAAUCUUCAAGUGUCUUCAGGAUCACCUGUACCAUGGCAGCAACAGCAGCAUGUUUCACAGAUGCCUUUCGGAAAUCAGCAGUCGUUUGAUCUUAGUCAGUUGGUCAGGCCUAUGAAUUUUGCGGCAGGACCUACCAAUGCACCUUGGGUUGGAAUGUUGGGCCAAAAUUUCUCCAACCAAGCUCCACUUGGUCUGCAAGGUCCAAGUUCUCAGUUGCCCACAAUGCAAGGGCAGAGCUGUAGUUCCCAGCCCCCGACUAGUUUCAGUGCAAAUGAACAGGAUUCUACUCACUUCAGUCGUGGUUUCUCUUCUGGCAGAGGUGGCAGAGGCCGAGGAAGGAAGCCGUUUCACCACAGAGGUGGUCAGUUUGGUGGUGGAAGAGGUCGCCAGCAGCCAAACUAAUUGUUUUGUUAUUCUCCUUUCAAACCAGACGCUAGGGCAAAUUUGCCCAAUUUUAAGAUGUAAGCUUAUUAUCAAGCAUGUGCAUGCACAAUCUGUCUGACGAA